UAGAUAUUGUAUUUUUUUCGUGUGGUAUUUAUUCGUAGAAAAGGGAUAGCUUUCGCGUAGGUAUCAAAUGUCUAUUAAUCUUAAGUUUUGUGCUGGUUGUAAUGAACUUUUCGCGAACGGGCAGAGUGCACGGUGUCGGUGAGGAAGGAGGAUAAAGGACUGUAAUUUGUGCAUUUUUGUGGAUAGUCGAAUUUUUUUCUGUGAUAAACAUGGAUCAGGCGCUCGAUUACACCAUGAGAAAUAUGUCUUCGAAGAGAAAGUCUCCGCCAACGAAACUUCAUGACGGCAGCCCCAGCGACGCCCCCCCUAUCCAGACGCACAUGGGCAGCGGCAGCGACGGCGGGGGUCUGACCGAUCUCGACGACACCAGCAGUAACAACCUGAGCGACAUUUGCGAAGAAGAUACCAAUACCAUGGUGAACCCCUCGAAUACAUUCUACAAAUUGUCGGAAUCGUCAUCGCCAAGCGGUUGUGGCAGCGACAUAGACGACGGACUGGACGACGAUCAUAUUCCAUCGAAGACGGCCAAGAUAUCUGGAGUUGCGGGUGAAAACAAUUGCAACAACUCGAUGAUGACGUCGGUGUCGCCGUGCAUAUCCGCCCUGUCUCUGCACAACGAGGAGCUGGAGCGGCGGCGGAACUCGUCGGAGUGCAGUUCGCCCAAUUCGGACGUUAAAACGAAUUUUCACUAUAAUAACAAUAACAAUAGUUUAAUGAACAACAACAGUUCCUUGCAUCCGUUGAGGAGGUCGAUGGAUGACGUGCUGAAACGGUUGACGUCGAAGAUCACGACGAACUCGGUGAAGGAGGAACGAAGACCGACGCCUUCGUCGACGCCGAAUUCACAUAAUUCGGAUAUUGAGUCAGCUGUUAUUCAGCAGGCGAUACCUGGCGACAAUCCUAUGGAAAAAGAACGAACUUUAUCAGAACUGAUACUUCAACUUCAACUAGCCAGAGAACAGUUGUUGAUACAACAGCAACAACAGCAAGAAGCUAAUAAG